UAAAAACAUCCUUUUUUCACCCUUUGUUAUCAUUUUCUUGAUCUUGAUAUGCAUAUAAAAGCUAUAUAAGCUAAGGUUUAUGUAUACAUAUUAAGCUUAUAACUUAUAAUCUUUCUUCUUUUUUUUUGUUUCAUUAAACUUAGUUUUAAGUGUCUACUUAAAAAAAUAAUUCAAUGGGGGUACCUGAAUCUCCUAGUCCACCUCAUUUGUAUCCUCAAGCACUUCAACUUAAACUUUAUCAAGCUUUCAUUUUUUCAAUUCCAAUACUUUUUUCUAUAAUCUUGUUUCUUUUGUUUUACUUGUUUUAUCUCAAAAGAAGAGCUUCUAUUGGUUCUAAUUCCCCUCUUGUUAUACUUCCAAGAAGUUCAAAUCAAGUUAUUAUUCAUGGUAACGUAGAUGUAAAGGGGAUGCUCAAGACUUAUAAGCUUCCUGUUAUACUAUUUGAUGAAGAUUCAAUGAUGAAGGAUUCUCAGUGUUGUGUUUGUUUGGGAGAAUUUGAGAUCAAAGAGGAGUUACACCAACUACCUUCUUGUAAGCACAUUUUUCAUGUUGAAUGCAUACGCCAUUGGCUUCGUUCAAAUUUCUCUUGUCCACUCUGUCGAUGCCAUGUCCUUGUUACCAACAAAAAACCGCAACCUCCACAACAACCACCUUCUAAUAACAACCCUUCGAGUGUCAUCGAGGAGGAGAGGGAACACCACGAUAUAACGGUUAGUAGAGAGGAGCAUGAGCAACAUGUGGUGGUGAUAGUUGAAGAAUUGUCUAGUGCUAGUAGCUCAUCAUCUAGCAUUGUUGACAAUAUUGAGAGAGAUUUUUCAAAUGUAGAAACUCAUGUUAUCAACAUUGAUAAGGCUCCUGACACAUGAAUGUCAAUCGCAGAUAAAAUUGAAAUGAUACAGAGAAGAUCUGUGUGGUCCCUGCACAAAGAUGACUCACACAAAUCGAGAAAUGAUCCAAGUUUUCCUUUUAAAGAAAAGGAGAAUUUGAAGGACUGCCUAGUUUUGUUGCAUUUCUUGGAAUUUGUAAGGCACACAAAAGUGUUGCAUAUUAGAGUAUAUAGUUUAUAGAUACAACUUUAGAAUGACAUUAAAUAUGACAAUCUUUUUUUAGUUUUGAUAAGACAUAUGACCGAAAGAAUGAAAUUGAAAUUUUGUUAGAACAUGGACGGAA